AUGGCACGGAAGGUCGGGUUCGGAUCCAAGAAACCCCGGUCUACUGCCAAGCGGGAAGCUCAGAAGGCCCGAACGGUGCGCAUGCUGCCCAAAGCCAAAAGGGACUACAUCAUUGACGAUCGUCCCUCGCAGCGCAACAAGGGUCGGAAGAUCAGUUCUGUCGCUCUGACAAAGGGCAAGUACGAAGCCAUUCCUGGAACGCGGGUUCAGCCAGCGCCAGGAGGCAAGCACGUGCGGGUUAUCAUCCAGGACGGGAAGACCUUCGACCCUCAGAACGUCCGGGCAGCGAGGCGGCAUCUGAAGCAGCUGGCAGCAGAGUCAGAGACCCUCGCGCGCAUCCACGGCACCAAGGCCGGCAUGUUGGCAGUCGCUGUAGGCUUCGAAGUUCCUCCCAGCGGUGUCUCAGUCGCUGAAUGCCUUCAGGAACAGCUUUCGGUCGCCAAGUCAGCUGCCGAAAUAGCAGCCAAAGCAGCUGACUCCAAGGGCAGGCCCUCAGCUGCAUUGUUUUAA